CAAUUAUUAUUUCGCAAAAGUUAUUCUGAUUUUGUUUAUUUUUCUUACAUUUGAUUUUUUUUUUUUUUUUUUUAAUAAUCAAAGCAAAGAGGGCAAAGUUGGAGCCAAAGCGUUGACGAGAGGCAGCUUGGUCUACACUGCAGAAUCCAAGUCUUCCUCUUUGAACAACUCUUUCUCUCUCCUCACCGUUAAUGGCGGCUCCCCCAUUUCCCCUCUCUUAGUCAAAAUCAAAAGAUCCAUCUCCUGCACUUCCCCUCUCUCUCUCAAUUUCACAAUCGCUUUAUUUCUUUCUCAUGGAUCGAACCCUUCAAGCAAUUCUGGCGGCCAUCGCCAGCUUCUUCGUGGUCAGCGUAAUCCUCGCCUCAAUCCUCAUCAUCUGCAAGAGCGAAUCGAAGCAGAGCAGCCGGCGCUCAUCGAUCCCGCAGAGCCGGGCCCGCAAUCUGGUAGCGCCGAAGCCGAACGCGGGGCCCGGGCCGGUGGCGAUCUGCGACAGCGCGACCUUCGACCCGAGCCUCCCGCACGUGUCGAUGCAGGAGCUGGUGGCGGCGACGCAGGGGUUCUCGAGCGAGCUGAUAAUCGGCGACGGCAGCUUCGGGCUGGUGUACAAGGCGCGGCUGAACUCGGGUGCCGUGGUGGCCGUGAAGAAGCUGUCCCCGGACGCGUUCCAGGGGCUCCGCGAGUUCCGAGCCGAGAUGGAAACCCUAGGCAAGAUCCAGCACCCCAACAUAGUCCGGAUGCUGGGGUUCUGCGCCACGGGUCAGGAUCGGCUGCUCAUCUACGAGUUCAUCGAGAAGGGCAGCCUCGACCAAUGGCUGUACGACACGUCCGACCGAGAGCAGGAGCCCCUCUCCUGGCUCACGCGCCUCAACAUCGUCAGAGGCGUCGCCGACGGCCUCGCCUUUAUGCACCACAAACUCGAGACGCCCAUCAUCCACCGCGACAUCAAGGCCAGCAACAUCCUACUGGACGCCGACUUCCAGGUCCACAUCGCCGACUUCGGCCUCGCCCGCCGGAUCGAGGCCUCCCACUCGCACGUCUCCACGCAGGUGGCCGGGACCAUGGGCUACAUGCCCCCCGAGUACCUCGAUGGCGCCACCACGGCCACCAUGGCCGGCGACGUCUACAGCUUCGGGGUGCUCAUGCUCGAGGUCGUCACCGGGCGCCGCCCCAGCUUCCCCUUCCCCGGGGAGGACGGCCGGGAGGUCAGGCUCGUCGAGUGGGUCAAAAGGAUGGCGGGGAUGGGCCGCUAUCUGGAAAUGGUGGAUGCCUGCAUUGCUAAGGAGGAUCUUCACCCAACCAAGGUGGAACAGAUUUUCCAAAUUGGGGUCAACUGUGCUGAUGAGAAGAGCAGAAAUAGGCCUACUAUGAAUCAACUACUUGAUCACUUCAAUCUCAUUUUGUAAAUACCUUCUUCUCCAUUGGUGUUCAUUUUUUUUGCAAAUGCAGGAUUCUUUGGCACCAUAUUUUUUUUUUGAAUUUGCACUAUUCAAACAUCAAAUAUAUAUAUUGUUGAGUUUUUUUGGUAUGCAAUUUAACCAACUCUUUGUUGAUUAGCAGUUAA